AUGGCCCACUGUGAGCGAACAGUGGCGACAGCAUCAGCAGCAGGAGCAAGAGAGGCACCAGAGAGGGCGGCUCGGCUGCAGGGCGACUCGACGGCUCGGCAACUGGGCGGCUCGGCGGCUCGGCUGCUGGGCGGCUCGGCGGCUUGGCUGCUGGGCGGCUCGGCGGCUUGGCUGCUCGGCUACUGGGCGGCUCGGCUGCUGGGCGGCUCGGCGGCUGGGCGCCUCGGCUGGUGGGUGGCUCGGCUGCUGGGCGGUCCGGCGGGGCCGCUGAGAGGGCAGCGUCCGGGGCCGCUGGGAGGAGGCGGCGGGGCCGCUGAGAGGAGGCGGCGGGGCCGCAAAGGUAGGUGGCGGGGCCGCAGGUAG